CUCCGUCCAGGGCGCAGGCGGCAGCAGCCAGGGGCGGCGAGCAGGCGGGGGCGCGCGCGGGGCGGCGAGGACGCGCGGGCGGCAAGGCCUGCGCGCCAGCCUGCGGGAGCCAUGCGGCAGGCGAGGAGCAGCUCCGCCGCCAAUCUGCGCGGGCAGAAGCGGCCCGGGUCCUCCGAGGCCCUGGCGGCCGCCGCCGCCUUGGCGUCCAGCGGCAGCCGCUCACGGCGCUCCUCGGGCCAGGCAGGGGGCGGGAGCCGGGCGGCGGCGAGGCAGCCGUCGGCGAGGCGGCGGCUGAGGCCGACGUCGCCGCGGGCCCAGGAGGGGCGCCCCGGGAAGCCGCCGCCGGAGCCGGCUCUGCUCCCGCUGCCGCCUCCGACCCCGGCGACCCCGACAUCCUCGGUGGCCGCGCUGGACCUGGGCGACCAGCGGGAGCGCUGGGAGACGUUCCAGAAGCGGCAGAGGCUCACCUUCGAGGGCACCGCCAAGCUGCUGCUGGACACCUUUGAAUACCAGGGCCUGGUGAAACACACAGGAGGCUGCCACUGUGGAGCAGUUCGCUUUGAAGUUUGGGCCUCAGCGGACUUGCACAUCUUUGAUUGCAACUGCAGCAUUUGCAAGAAGAAGCAGAAUAGACACUUCAUUGUUCCAGCAUCUCGCUUUAAGCUCCUGAAGGGAGCUGAUUGCAUAACCACGUACACGUUCAACACUCACAAAGCGCAGCACACCUUCUGUAAGAGAUGUGGUGUCCAGAGCUUCUACACGCCCCGCUCGAACCCUGGGGGCUUCGGAAUUGCUCCCCACUGCCUGGAUGAGGGCACCGUGCGGAGCGUGCUCAUUGAGGAAUUCGAUGGCGGUGACUGGGAGAAGGCCAUGAGGGAGCACAAGACCAUCAAGAACAUGUCUAAAGAGUGAGCUCCUGCCUCCCCCUUCUCCAGGAGGAGUGACCGGGGCCUGGCUGUCCCUGCCUCCUCGCUGGUGCUCACGAGUGAGGCUGACUCAGGCUCAUCGCUGACCCAGCGGCCAGCCGACCUCUGCAGUCGGCUCCAGCUACUGGUUGUUCAGGCAGCUGUGUUUCCUUGCCCAGGUUUUGAUGUAGGUUAGUUGACACCUUUCUUUCUCUUCCCAACUUUUGUGUGAUCUUUUAGAAAAAUAAAUAUUUUUAACAAUAAAGCAGUUACUGUGG